AAUGGGCAAUAAUUCCUCAUAAAUUGGUAAUGGCUAUGGAUACAGAAUCAUAUCAAUAGAACCCAAUUCAUUUGGAUCAAAUCUUAGUAUUAUUGUAAGAUAACAUUAGAUUUGGAAAUCUUUCUAGAUUAUAUCAUCCACAUUAAAUCUAAUUCCUAGGUCAAUUCUAUCAAAUUACUUGAAAGUGAUGAACCUAUAGAGUUGUCUAUUUUUAAUAUAUUUUCAUUGGAGACUAGAAAAAUCUAUAUUUCUGAACCACGAUCCACAAUUAAAUUGGGUCUUUUCAUUAGAUAUGAAUCAAUAAAUCCAUUGAUUUUACAUAUCACUAAAGUAUUAAAUGGUAGUCCUGCAGAAGCAAGUGGACUUAAAAGCAAUUAAGAUUAUCUAUUAGGUGUUAAAUCUCAUAGAUAUUAAUCUAUUGAUGAAUUCUCAGAUAUUGUAACAGGAUAAGCAUAUACAAAAUAAUCAAUUGAAGUAAUUCAUUGUAUUUUUAAAUUAAGCUAUGCAUAUUUUCACCAUUAACUAAAAAAUCACCUAGAAUUGUUAUUUUAAAUCCAAAAUAUAAUUGGGGUGGACCAGGAGCUUUAGGAUGUGAAUUUGCAUCAGGUGCUUUACAUUCUUUUAACUUUUCUUAAUUGAUUAAAUAAUAAGAAGGUAAUGAAUUUAAUUAAGUGUUAAACAAUGAAGAAGAAUAACUUAAUGAAGAAUCAAAUUAAUAUUAAUAAAUUGAAAAUCAAGAAUAAAAUGAUAUAAUAUAAAACAAUUAAUAAAAUUAAUAAUCAGAACUAAAUAAAUCAAUUCAAAUAGAUAAAACAAAUGAUACUUAAGAACAUUCCAUAAAUUAAUCUUAAAAUAUAAUAAAUUAAUAAAGUAUUAUUAUUCCAUAUAUUAUUUAUAGUUAAUGAAUCUAAAUAAAAUAGCAAUACAGAAGUAUAAUAUUAAAAUUAAGAAAUUUCUGAUUUCAAAUAGUAAUAACAAAACACAAUUUUGACAGAUUUGGAUAAUUAAUAAAAAUAAAAUUAAGAUUAUGAAUAAAUUUAAUCAAAUAUUCUAUAAUCUGAAACAUUAUCUAAUUUAAGAUAGUAAGAUGAUGAUGUAGAGAUAAAAGACGAAUUAAGAAUUUAGAAUGAAUAAUAAUAAUAAUAAUAAUAAUAAUAAUAAUAAUAAUAAUAAUAAUAAUAAUAAUAAUAAUAAUAAUAAUUAGAAAAAGAAGAAGUCAUCAAAUAAAUAAAUCAUUAGAAAGAUUCCUUAGAAUAAUAAUAUGCCUUAUGUAAUUUAGAGUAAAGCAAAAAUGAAAUAUAAGGUAAAUUUGAAUAUUAUGUAGAUGCUUAAUCUUAGUCAGAUGUCUAUUUAUAAGAUAAUGAUUAGAAACAUAUGAUUAUGGAAUCUGGAAACUAGAUAGUAUUUAAAUCACCAAAUAGAGAUGAAAUGUAUGUAGUUGAUAAAUAACUAUUGUUUGACAUCUAAUUUGAAGUACCAAAAUAUUAUGUAAAUAUAUAUUGAUGUAAAUAUAAAAUUCUAUAUGUAAAUUGUUAUAAUUAUAUUGAUGAUAAAGAAACUGACUUCUGAUUAAAUAUAAGUUUCACUUAAAGUUGAUAAGAAUAACUAUAGAGUUGGUGAUUUAAUCAAAGGAGUAAUCUAUUUGAAAGUUUAAUCUUCAGAUCUUGUUUGCAACAUGAUAUUUCUAAAAGUAGACUUGAUUUUUCAUUUAGUUAAUUGGAGUAUAGAAAGUAAAUUAAGUUGAUAAAUAUAAUUAAUGGAUAAGAUUCAAGAACAUUUUUUAUUAAAAACAUAAAUGGAUACAUAAUUUUGGAUCGUAUUUAAUUAUUUUGAUCUUUAAGUCAUUUCAAAUAAGGAAAUUACAAAAGAUAAUUUGAAUUAGAAACUCCUUAAGAAAUACCUAGUUUUUGUAUAAAUUAUUACAAAACAGUAUAAUGUAGAAUGAUAUAUAUUUUAUCAAUUUACUUUACAGAUGAGAAUUAAUAAACAAUUUACAAAAUAGUACCUUCACAUAAAAUAAAUAUUUAUGUUCAUCAUAUUCCAUAAGUUUCAUUAAUGCAACCAAUUUGUUAUGUUGGAGAAUAAAGAGAAUUAAAAAAACUAUGUUUUCUUAAUGGAGGAGUACAAUAAUUCAUAUUUAAUAGAGUGCUACAAUAUCUCUAUAAAUUAAUAAAUAAGGAUUCUUCAUAGGUGAAAUUAUUGAUAUUGAAAUUGAAAUAGAUAAUACUAAAACUGAUUUAAAUUUAUUCAAUUUAAGCUUAUCUAUCCAAUCUUAAUUGAUAAUUUUAUAUCCUCUAUUAAAAUUGAAGAUAUCAAAUUAUUUUAACUUAACAAAAUAACUAUAUAAUAGUACAAUUUUUAUAAUAUAGUAGUUUAUGUAAAAGGUAGAUAAAAAAGAUAAUUAGAAUUUAAAUUGAAAUUAGAAUAGGAUAAGAAUGAUCCAUAAUCUAUAUUUCCACAAUCUACACUUUUUACUGAUAGAAUUAUUUAUCAUUAUAAUUUCUGUUUGAUUGCUAAUUAUUCAUAGAAAUUCAAAAAUUCUAACUAAUUAAUUAUUGUCAUCCCAAUAAAUAUAUUUUAAAGAGAACUCAGACAAUAAUAAGAUUAAUAAUAAUAAAAUGAUUUGAAUUUCAUAUAAAAAAUGUAUUCUGAUCAUAAUAUUAAUGGUUAUGGUCCACUUGAUGGAUGUCCUUCAUAAUUUAAGAAUUAAGAAUAGAGUUUAUAGGAUGAAUAUAUAGAAAUAUAAAAUAAUAGAUUAAAUCUUAUAGUGAAUAAUGAUGAAUUUGAAAAUUAAUAUGAAACAUCUUUUGUUGCUUAAGAGAUAUAAUAAAAUAUAGUUGAUGAACAAGACAAUGUCUCAAAUAUAGAUGGUAACAUUUUAAAAUAGGUAUUUUGUGGUUAUAAUGAAAAUUUGGAUAUUAUAUAAGAAGAAAAUGAUGAUAGAUAGAAUCAUUCUGUUAAAUAAUCAAUUGAUAAAGCAAGUUAAUUAAAGACAGAUUAGAUAAUUAAUUAUAAUAAUACUAUUUUUUAAUGA